CAUCUCUCUCUUUCUCUCUCUACAUUUUUGUCUCUAUAUCUCUGCGUCGUUUAUCUGUUCACAAACGCACACGCAAAGGAAGUUUUUUUCUCUUUUCUACCCUUCUCCGUCUGCAAUGGAAGCCGUGCAGGUGGAGGAGCUAACAUCCGGCGCCAGCGGCCGGAUUAUUCCGGUCUUCAAGAAUCUCCGGCGCUCCGUCUCCUAUGACGCCUUUCGCCGAUUGAUCAUCUUUGUUCGCUCCAUUUUCCUAUGGAUCGCUCUCCUCCUGUUCCGCUACCGCCUCCCCGCCCCGUCCCCGCCGUCCUCCCCUUCCGCUGCGGCGGCUGCCGCCGCGGCCGGGAAACGCCGGAAGUUCGCGCUGCAGAGGGAUGAGGAGGAUACUCUGCGCCGGCGAGGCCUCGCCGAGUCCUUGGAGAUGGUGCCUUCGGUUGGGGAUGGAGAGGAGAGCCUCCGUUGCGAGUGGAGCACGUUUUUGUUCUUUGGAACACGCCGCAACGCCCUGUUUUGCCGCUCGUGGUUCCCCGAUUCCGGUGAAUUGAAGGGUAUUAUGAUUAUCAUUCAUGGACUCAAUGAGCAUGGUGGCCGGUAUGCUCAUUUUGCUAGGCAACUGAACUCCUGCAACUUUGGCGUCUAUGCCAUGGACUGGACUGGUCAUGGCGGUAGUGAUGGGCUGCAUGGUUAUGUACCUUCAUUGGAUCAUGUUGUUACAGACACAGCAGCAUUCCUGGAAAAGGUCAAGCUUGAAAACCCCGGGGUACCGUGCUUUCUUUUUGGACAUUCAACUGGAGGAGCUGUUGUUCUAAAGGCUUCUUCACAGCCAUCCAUUGAAAAGAUGGUGGAGGGAGUAAUUCUGACUUCCCCGGCUCUUCGUGUGAAGCCUGCACAUCCUAUUGUAGGGGCUGUUGCACCAUUCUUUUCGUUGGUUGCACCGAGGUACCAGUUCAAGGGCUCCCACAAAAGGGGAAUCCCGGUUUCAAGGGAUCCAGCAGCGCUCUUGGCCAAGUACUCCGACCCAUUGGUUUAUACUGGACCCAUGAGGAUCCGUACCGGCCAUGAGAUUUUGCGCAUCACCUCGUAUCUGAUGCGCAACCUCAAGUCCGUAACCGUGCCAUUCUUUGUCCUUCACGGGACUGCUGAUCGAGUCACGGACCCGCUGGCUUCCCAGGACUUGUACAACGAGGCUCCUUCGAUGUUCAAAGACAUAAAGCUCUACGAUGGUUUCCUGCACGACCUGCUCUUUGAGCCCGAGCACGAAGAAAUCGCUCAGGACAUAAUUGACUGGAUGAACAAGAAACUGAAGUUCAAGCAAUACUGAAACACUCGUCCCAACAACUCUCGACAUGCUUAGGGGUAUCUCUUGGCAUUGUUUAUGUUCUCUCAAGCGGGCUAAAGCUCGUUUUUUCCUCGUGUCUCUGUUUAGCUGUUUGCAAGGUUUGACCCUUCAUAUAAAUGGUCUAUAAUAUGGUGGAGUGUUGUGUGGUUUAUCAGUGGACAAAGCAAAGGAGAAUUUGGUGAGUUAUAUUGCAAGUUUCAACUCACCAAAGUGCAGUCUGCAGCUUCAGAUGGAGUCACAAGAAUACUCUGCCACUUUUUAUUUUUUACCACUUUUUUCUUCUUUUUUUUUUUCAUUAUAAUGUUUAUUGUAUAUUUAUCAAAUGUUAUUUGUAUGAAGGGUUUCUUUAUAAAGAAAUUUUUGUACAGAAAUGUUUGUUUAUGUCAAUAUAUCAUAUUUGAUUUGAAUGAAA